GGUACACCUGCACAUUGCACAAACACACACCAUACACAGACACACAGACACACACAUACACACACACACACACACACACACACACAGAGGAAUGAGAUGUGGAGUGUUGCUAUGAAAGAGGUGGAUUUACAUGAAGGACAGCACAGCAGAGACAACUGGAGUGGAGGAGGGGGAGUCAAACACAUUGGGACAAGAACAUGACUUGAAGAUGAGCUGCCCCCAGCCUGAGUCGGAGGAGAAGGACUGUCCUCCACCAGAGGAAUUAGAGUGUAAAAUCUGUUACCAGCGCUUCAAUGCCCACAACCGUAAACCUAAGAUCCUGGACUGUCUACACCGGGUCUGUGCCCGCUGCCUCAUUAAGAUCCUGGACCUUGCUGAUGGCGCAGGCUGCAUCUCUUGCCCCUUUUGCCGACACCAAACUGAGAUCACAGAGUUCGAGGUGUCAGCCCUUCCUGACGAUGCUAACAUCAUGUCCCACUUGGCAAUGCGGGACAAAUCCUGGAGCUCUGACCACAACAGGGAGGUGGUCCUGACUCCAAAGAGUUUCUCCUCCUCUAGCCCGUCUCAUGACUCCUCCAACUGCCUGGUCAUCACUAUUAUGGAAGUGCAGAGGGACUCACAGCACUCCCCAAGCCGCAAUGGCAGCUCUGACAUUUACGCUGAGCAAAGCCUGGACUCUGUAUCGAUGGGCUCCAACGGGCCAGCUGAUCAGGACGCCUUGUCCAAGUUCUGUAAUCAUGUCCCACGCAUUCUGGUCUGGUUGCUGGGUUUCUUAUACUUUGGCUCACUGCCUCUAGGAAUCUACUUGUUAGUGAUCCAGAAAGUGACUCUGGGUAUUGUGUGCGUUAGCUUGGUGCCAUCAAGCUUGACAGUUUGCCUGGUCUAUGGAUUUUGUCAGUGUCUGUGUCAGGGUGUGUGUGACUGCUCCCCCAGGGGCUGAUGCUACUAAACUGGUAGUCCUAGGAUGGGAUGAAGUCAGCUGCAGGAAACAGGUAUUUGGUUUGUUACAUACAUCCAUACAUAAAGUGAGGGUGAUGCCCUAUCCUUUCCUUAACAGCAGACUGACUGACUACUAGUCAGUUAUUUUCAUGCAAAUAAUGGGCCAGUCAGAAGACCUACAAAGACCAUCUUCAGUGACUGUCUUUGCUUUUAGGCCGAUGAAUGAAACUGAGAAACCGGUUCGGCCAGAGCUGCUGACAAGCUCCGUUAGUGGGAGUAUCGCCUAUACCUAUGAUUCUGUGAUGUAUUUCUGUGACCUUAUUUGUUCUGUGUUGCGUGUAUGACCUAGUCUAACAUAAAAUUUAAGAACAGAUCCUUUACAGUAACAACAUUAACAAAGUCCUGGGCCCUCAUUUAUCAAUGGUGUAUACCAGUAAAAAUCUUGCAAUGAUUUUUAAGUGAACAGUGGGAUUUACUAAUUUGUAACUUUAUCUUGGGAUGCCUGUGCAUUUUGAUUCAGCCCUUAACUGUGAAUACACACACACAACACCUUGGGGCUAAAAAGGAACACUACAAAAUGAAACACCGUACACCAAAUGGUGCAGAUAUUUACAGUAUAUCAUGAGCACACAUUUCAUUUUAAAUUUGCAAAUAUACUGGUCUUGCCAUUAACUCCUGAAAAUAUAAUCAAUAACUGUAUAUAUUGUAUGAGAAAAAAAAUCUAUGGGUUAUAAGAUAUCAGUCUAUUGAACCUGUUGAUUCUGU